CAAGAGGGGAUAGGGUGACUUUAUAAAUAGACAAGAGAACAGACCAAUCACGUUAGGCACUGGCGUCUCGAUUCUGGUGACGUUUACGCUGUCGCGGGAAACUCACGAGGAAGUAUCAGCACCAGUGAGUUGACCAAGAAACCUGUGGGAACUGCAUUUAUCAAUUAAUAACUGUUAUUUUCUAUAAACCAGAGGACCAUAACUGCUCAAAACAUUGAAGUUAUGGCGACAUCGUCCGUAUCGAAGGGCUGUUUUGUUUUCAAGCCAAGUUCUAAAAAGAAGAAGAAAACAGCAACAACUUUUGACGACCAUUUCGCUAAGAGUACUGAUGAUGGCGAGACUGCCUCAACACGACUGGACAUCUGUCAGAAACUUUGGGACAUGACAAAAUCUGAGACGGGGAUGUUGCAAGACGAGCUCAACAAAAAGAUCUUAGACAGCUUGCUGGACUUCAUCAAAAAGUGUGCCUCAAACUUCCAGUCACAAGCCAAUGACUGGGCAUCUCUCAUGAGGGCCAGUGAGAUUCCUACGGCUGCUUUGGUGCUAGGGGUGAACGUACCUGACCAUGACAUGACGUUCCAGAGUCUCUCCGAGCUCUUGCAGCAGUCUGUGACCCCAUUCGUGGUGUCUGUGCAAGCCAAAGAGUGUGCAGCUUUGAAGCACCUGAUGCAGAAGGUCCUGGAGAGGCUGAUGGGUGUGGAUGUCGCGAUGGAUGAUGAUGAGGAGGAAGAUGGAGGCCAGCGCAGUGCCCCGACCCACCAGAAGAGGGUGCACUGCUCCCUUGGUUCACUCUGCGAGUGGUACAAUUCAGUCACAAAGAAAUUGGUGGCAUCUCCAGGCAAGAAGCGUAGCUCCACUGCUAUGGAUAUGCCCUCCAAGCCACCCAUAGUAGUCAUCUUCAAAGACCUGGAAGCCUUCAGCCCUCGAGUACUGCAGGACUUCAUUGUCAUCUGCAGUCGCUAUGUCCAGAAGCUUCCGUUGAUGUUCGUUUUCGGCAUCGCCACGUCCCCCAGUACCAUCCAGCACAUGCUGCCCCACUCCGUCUCCUCCCUCCUCUGCAUCGAGCUCUUUCAGUCGCUCUCCUGCACACAACACCUGGCAACGGUCAUUGACAAGCUUGUCCUAAAUCCAGACUUUCCCUUCAAACUCACUGGCAAAGUGCUGCAGGUGCUGGUCAGCAUCUUCCUCUAUCAUGACUUCUCAGUUCGCAACUUUAUCAAAGGUUUUCAGCUGGCCCUGGUGGAGCACUUCCAUUCGCAGCCCCUCAGCGUGUUCUGCUGCUCCAAGAGAGAGGCACUGGCCCGUGCCCAGACGCUCAGCCAUGAGGACGUGGAGAAGGUCCGACAGCUGCCUUCAUUUAUGAGGUAUGUGGAAUCUCAGGAGCCACAGAAACAAGUGGAGCUGCUGACCAAUGACCAGUGUGUGAAGGAAGUGUGUCAGAGUUUGCUGAAAGGCCUCAGGAAGUAUCACAAGAACUACUACCCCAUCCUCAGAUGCCUGCACACCCUCACAUCCUCUCUGCCCAAGUACCCUCUGGGAAAACAGAUCAGAGAGCUGCACAUAUCUUGUUUGGAGAGGAAUGUUUGGGAAACUGAAGAGUACGACAAUGCAAUGCAGCUUCUCAAAAUGCUGGCCAAAGAUGAGCUUGUGGCCGUCUUACAGAAGUGUGUGGUGAUUCUGAGUUCCAGCCAGUCAAAGAAAAUGAAGGCAGCCCAUGAGCAGCUGCAGAACUACUUGGCGAAGUUUGAUCAGCUUGACAGUCUCUCAGCAGAGGAGCUCAUGCAAGAUGCUGCUGCAUCUCCAGAAAAAGACCUUCAAAAGAAGACGGAUCUUUACCAGCUUCAAAAGACUCUACUAGAAAUGAAGGAAACGAGGAGAACCAAAAAGAAGACUCCUUUUGAGGUGCUCCGGAAUCAAAUUCUUGAAUUUGUGGACAGUCUUGUAAAAUUAUACCUGGUUCCUCCUGAGACACAGCCACUGAGUGAGGUUUGCUACUACGGUGCCUCUGGAGUCCUAAGGAGACACCUGAACGCCACCCCUCGCACCUCCAUUCAAACUGCCCUCAGCAAUCCCUACUGCUACCUACAGAAUGAGGAUCUGAAGACAGAUGGCAGUGCUGUCUCUAACGCAGCUCCAGACAUCUGCAUUGUGUACAAACUCCAUCUUGAGUGUGGAAGGCUAAUCAACCUCUUUGACUGGUUGGAGGCAUACUCCACAGUUGUCAGUGCGGGCGAGGGCAAGGAUCCUGAGUCCAGCGAUUAUGGCAAGGUGGAUGAACUAAAGCACGCUCGAUUUAUCCAAGCUGUGUCAGAGCUGGAGUUCCUGGGAUUCGUCAAGUCCACAAAGCAAAAGGCAGAUCAUGUAGCACGACUCACUUGGGGAGGGUGCUGAUUUUUCACACGAGUGGAAAAAGCCUAGAUUCUAAAAUAAUGACAAGCGCUGUAUAAACAUCUGUAUUAAAAAGUUUUAUUGUUUACAUGUCAUCUAUGUAAGCAGGAAAAAUGAACAGGAUAAAGAUCAAAUAAAUAUGAGAUGGUAUUGUUUGA